UGCGCUCAGUGACUGCCACGUACUGGUUGACGUUGACAGUUUGGACGACGCUUCCUGAUGUUGGCAACCGGGUCUAGCUAGGCUAGCUAACAGAUUUUCGUUUCACGGUUUGGAGGAAACCUGUGAAAUACAGCGUGGUCAAGUCGUCUGAUUCAGUGGUGGGAGCAGAAGAGGUCAGACGGCAACAUGAACGGCCAGCUGGACCUGAGCGGGAAGCUCAUCAUCAAAGCCCAGUUGGGCGACGACAUCAGACGCAUUCCUAUCCAUAACGAAGACAUUACUUACGAUGAGCUGGUGCUGAUGAUGCAACGUGUCUUUAGGGGAAAGCUGCAGAGUAAUGACGAGGUUACCAUCAAAUACAAGGAUGAAGAUGAUGACCUCAUCACCAUCUUUGACAGCUCUGACCUCUCCUUUGCAAUCCAGUGCAGUAGAAUACUCAAAUUGACUUUGUUUGUGAAUGGUCAGCCGCGGCCUUUGGAGUCUAGUCAGGUGAAGUACCUGCGCAGGGAGCUCAUUGAGCUCAGAAAUAAAGUCAACAACCUCCUGGAUAGCCUGGAGCCCCCUACAGAUCCUGGUCUUGCUGCCACAGCACUGGACAGUGAAUCAGUGGAUGGACGUGAAGGCAAAGUGAUGGCUGCAGAUCACACAGUGAAACUGGCCACACCAGUCAGCGCAGCCAGCAUGUCUGCCUUCGACCCGCUAAAAAACCAGGACGAGGUCAGCAAGAAUGUCAUCUCCGCUUUUGGUCUGAGUGAGGACCAGGCCCCAGCUCCUCCAGCAGUCGCACCAGAGGAGCGCUCAGGAACCCCUGACAGCAUUGCCUCCUCCUCGUCCGCAGCCCCUCAGCCAGGAGUGCCCCCCCAGCCACAGGCUCCAUAUCCUGGAGUACAGCAGGGACCCCCAGCUGGCAUGGAUGGUCAGGUGUACCAGCAGUACCAGGCUCCAGGUGGAUACCCGCCUCAGCAACCAGGUGCCCCACCACAGCAGCAGUACGGUAUGCAAUAUUCUGGAUACAGCACUCAGCCUGGAGCCCCUCAGCCUGGCCCACCACAGCAGCAGCCGCAGCAGCAGUUUCAGAACUACGCACCUCCUGCCUCCCAGGCUCCGGCCCCCGUUCCGGCUCCAGGGUUUCAAGGGGGCCAGCAGCAGCAGCAGCAGCAGCAGCAGCCCCAUCCAUCCCAGGGCGCCCAGCAGUAUCCACCAGGAGCCUUCCCUCCCCAAAACUAUACCUCCCAGGCCACCCAGCCUGCCAACUACAGCCUGCCACCCAGCUCCCAGCCUGCCUCAGGGUACCAACCGCGCCCAGGAUACACCCCGCCUCCAGGCAACACCGUCACCCCUCCACCAGGAGCUGCUAACCCAUACGCCCGCAACCGCCCCCCUUAUGGCCAGGGCUACACUCAACCAGGUCCUGGAUACCGGUAAAAGAGGAUAGCGGAUGUUACUGAUCCUCACACACACCCUAAACCCCCUACAAUAUAUGUGGUUCCAGCUGUUUGGAGUGGGCGCAGGAAAUAUGGUUUACUGCUCUACGCCCCUCACCCACCACCCUCGUCCAAAUAUAAAACAAGCAACUCUCCAAGUCUGAUGGUUUGUGUUUGUAUGCUGUCAAUCCAACAUGCCACUCUGUUCUGACCCUGGUGUAUGUCUCUUGUGUUAUUUUCCCCCUCUUCUCCUGUCACCAACACUUCACCCUAUUGUAUCUGUCAUUGUAAAAAUGUAGCCAGUCUGUAUGCACGCACCUGGGAAACCAAAACAGGCUGUUGCACAAACUGUUCUUUACAUGGUAACAUUUCAUUUUGCGCGCAAGAUCAGCAUCCACAUUUGGAAUUUUUCAUACGUAACAAUGACAAAACAUCUCAACAAGUUGUGUUGAGUUUAUCGUGUAUAGAUGCAUUUACAAGGCACAGAUCUAAAUGAAAAGUUACCCCUUUGUCUGUUUUUUCCUUUUAUUUGAUUAAUUUCACCACCAUGUCGGUAUUAAUGAUAUGUCAAUGAAACUGCCCCAUGUUGGGAACACUAGCUAAUUGAUGGCUUGUGGGAGGUGUAGAUCCCAUAGUCAUAAGGAAGGUUUCUUUCAUUUAGCUUAUAUCACAUCCAGUAGAAGCUUGCUAUUCCUGUCUUUCUCCUUAUCUUAUCACUGGUUUUUACUAAUAAAUUAAAAUUCCACCUUCAAGUGAGAUUAGUCGUUUAUGUAUAAACUGUAACAUUUUUUUUCUUGAACCUAAUAAAUGAUUGAGACCCA